AUAAUGAAAGUGCGGGAUAGCCCGAAACAAAAAACAUAACCAUGAGCUGCUAGUAAACAUGGUUGUUUGAUCAGUUACGCGAACUUAUCAUUAAAUCCGUCAACGCCAACGAGCUUGAAAAUGCUCUCUCGAGGCAACACCGCACCGAUGUUCUUCCGGAUACUGUCAAAGUUUCCGCAGAGUUUUUCCUUCUGCUUCGCGUAUGGUUCCGGUGUGAAACAACAGCUCGGUUAUAAUAGCGUGCGAUCGAAACGCAACAUGAUCGACUUGAUAUACGUUGUGGAUAAUGCACGUCGUUGGCAUGCGGCUAACCUCGAGCAGAACUAUGAGCACUACUCGAGCAUGCGGCUGCUCGGAGGUGGUGUGAUUGCCAAAUACCAGGAAUCGUUCGGAGCGCACGUGUACUUCAACACCCUGGUGCAAAUACCCGAAGAAGAUGUGAUCAUAAAAUACGGCGUCGUAUCGACGAAAGAUCUACUGCAGGACUUGACAGAGUGGCGUAGCCUCUACCUUGCCGGGCGGUUGCACAAACCAGUAGAAAUCAUACGCAACGCAUCCAGCUCCAAAAUACAGAACGCAAUCGAUGAAAACCUUCGAUCAGCGGUGCGCACGGCACUGCUGCUGCUUCCGGAGAAGUUUACCGAGUUCGAGUUGUACCGAGCGAUAUCAAAGCUUAGUUACAGUGGUGACUUUCGCAUGAUUUUCGGCGAGAACAAGAACAAGGUUAACAACAUCGUCCGGCCGCAGAUAGAAAACUUUCGCAAUCUCUAUUCGGCCACAUUCGACGAUCUGCGCCAUUGCUUGCAAUUACCCGUCAGCGGUAGCGAUAAUCAAAUAUGUACACAAGAUCUUACAGAAGCCACCAUACUAGCUCAUUUGAACGCUCUUCCUAAAUGGCCAAUCCGGCUGAUUGUAGAACGACAAACCAGCGGACGUUAUCGGCAGGAUACGGAGGACAUUCUGAUCGGUGUUUCUCGCUCGUCCAACUACCAGGGCAUCGUUGCUAGUUGCCUACGAUCAAUCGUCUGGUCCAGCAGUGUAUGGCAGUCGAUAAAAAAUAUUCCUACGGCCGGAAUUGCCAAAUCCGUGCGUUACAGCUGGGCAAAAGCGUUGAAAACAUUCAGCUAGGAGACGUGUCUUGCGGCGAUUAACUUCAGGGAUUCAAA